GCGGCGGCGGCGGCGGCGGUGGCGGCGGACCCUCCGGACCCUCCCCCGCGCUCCCAGCCCGGGGGUGCCCCUCGGCACCCCCCGUCCGCACCCCCCAUGCGCUGCCCGGCCCGGGGGGGCCCCCCCGCCACGUGAGGGGGGGCAGGGCCGCCUCCCCUCUGCCCCCUGUCCCCGCUGUCCCCAUCCCAGCCAUGAUGUUCCGGGACCAGGUGGGGAUCGUGGCCGGCUGGUUCCGGGGCUGGAGCGAGUGCGAGCAGACGGUGGCACUGCUGGCGCUGCUCAAGCGCGUCACCCGCACCCAGGCGCGCUUCCUGCAGCUCUGCCUCGAGCACUCGCUGGCCGACUGCCCCGACAUCCACUUGCUCGAGGCCGAGGCCAACAGCGCCGCUGCCAUCUCGCAGUGGCCGCAGGAGCCAGCCGAAGCUGCGGUGGCCCUGCUGCUGGCCCACCUGCCGCUGCUGCAGCCGGGCAACGCAGCGGCCAAGGCCGAGUACAUGAAGCGGCUGCAGAAGGUGCUGGCCGACGCCAUCGAGAGCAACCGCUGCGUGGAGGAGUCGCGCCAGCUACUGUCCUACGCCCUCAUCCACCCGGCCACCACAGCCGAUGACCGCAGCGCGCUGGCCCUGUGGCUCGGACACCUGGAGGAGCGCCUGGCCCCGGCUGCACCCCCACCCCAGCGCCGGCCGCCGGCCCACGAAUGGCCACCGGAGCCCCCCGAGCCCGGGGGGGGCAGCGGGAGCAGCAGCACGGCUGGAGGGGGGGCGUGGGCAGAGCAGCAGCACGGCCCGGGCACGGCCGCAGCGCCCCGGGAGAACGGACAUCCCCCGUUCCAGCCCCCGGGAGCCCUGCCGUGCCAGCUGCACCCCAGCCCCCUGAAGCGCUCGCUGGCCCUGGUGCCCGGCAGCCCCCAGCCUGGCCCAGGGGGUGACUGGGCGGGGUCGGGGGGGCCCGAGGACCCCCCCGCAGCCCCCCGGGGCCCCCCCCCGGCACCGUUCGGGGACCACGCACCGCUGUCCCCGCAGAGCAGCGUGGCCUCGUCGGGCAGCGAGCACACCGAGGAGCCUGGCGGGCGCAACUCCUUCCAGGAGGACGGCAGCGGCAUGAAGGAUGUCCCCUCGUGGCUGAAGAGCCUGCGGCUGCACAAGUAUGCGGCGCUGUUCGCGCAGAUGAGCUACGAGGAGAUGAUGACGCUGACCGAGCACCACCUGGAGUCACAGAACGUCACCAAGGGCGCCCGGCACAAGAUCGCUCUGAGCAUCCAAAAGCUGCGGGAGCGGCAGAGCGUCCUCAGGGCACUGGAGAAGGACAUCCUCGAGGGGGGCAAUCUCUGGUCGGCGCUGCAGGAGCUGCAGCAGAUCCUGGUCACCCCCAUCAAGGCCUUCCGGCCCCCCCCCGGCUGCGCCCCCUCCCCGGGCCCCCUGACGGGGCCCCCCCCGACGCCUUCGCGCCCCCCCCGGCCCCCCCCCGGCCCCGACGCCGAGGCCCCCGCGGCGCCCGUCCCCGACGGGGACAUCCCAGGGCAGUUCACGCGCGUCAUGGGCAAGGUGUGCACCCAGCUCUUGGUGUCACGGCCGGACGAGGAGAACAUCACCAGUUACCUCCAGCUGCUUGAGAAGUGCCUGAGCCAUGAGGCGUUCACAGAGACACAGAAGAAGCGGCUCCAGUCCUGGAAGCAGCAGGUGCUGAAGCUGCUCCGCGCCUUCCCCAAGAAGGGGCCCCUGGACGGCCCCCCCGGGUACCGGCCCCCCAAAAGCUGGGCCUUUGGCUCCAACUCUCUCCCCAUAGCUGGCUCUGUGGGGGGGGGGGCGCGGGGGGGGGGCCGCCCCUUCGCGAUGCCCCCCCGGGCCCUGCCCCCCCCCGCCCGCCUGGGGCUGCUGGGACCCCCCGGGGGGGCCCCGGCCCCCAGACCCCCCCUCGGAGCCCCCCCCUUGGGCACGCAGGGACGGCAGAGCCUUUGGUUUGGGGCCGGGGGGGGCCCGGGGGCGUCCCCCGGGAGCCGCGGGGCCGUGCAGAGAACGCACUCGCUGCCCGUGCACAGCUCAGCCCUGCUCGCCUUCCCCCAGGAGUGCCCCCCCCCGGGACGGACCUGGAGAUCAACCCCACGCUGGAGUCGCUGUGUCUGAGCAUGACCGAGCACGCGCUGGGGGACGGGACAGACAAAACCUCCACCAUCUGAUGGCGCCACUGCCCCCUCCCCAAGCCGGGGGGGCACAUCUUUAACCCCCCCUCCUGCUCCAAACCCCCCUGGGGGGGUCCCCAAAACACCUGGGGGGGGGUGAACACCCACCCCCCACUGCUCGCGGGGUUUUGGGGGGUCCCCGGUGAGAGAGGGGCCCCCCCAGGCCGAUGACCUCGCGGGGGGG